UAGGGCACCAAGCUACCCUUCCUCCUCCCCCCUCGUAACUUCGAUCAACUUCAACCCAAGGGCAGCCAACAAGCUCUCUGAGUCAUCCGACACACAACCGGUCAUCUCCACCGCCAAUCUUCUCCCUCCUCGAAUCUUUGACCCUUUGUGUCCUCAGCCAUCAAGAUGUCUACUGCCGUCGAUAACACUACCUCCGACAACCAGGCCUCCACUGCCCCUACCACUGAGGCCCCUAACGGCACUGCCCCCGCAGCUCAGGCCGCUGCCGAUGCUGCUGCUGUCAGUGCUGAUGAAGGACGUCGGUUGUACAUUGGGAACCUCGCAUAUGCGACCACUGAGGGGGAGCUCAAGGAGUUUUUCAAGAGCUACACUAUUGAGAGUGUCUCUAUCCCUGUGAACCCUCGCAACAACCGCCCCGUCGGCUAUGCUUUCGUGGAUCUCGCAACCGCUUCGGAAGCUACUGCCGCUAUUGCAGAGCUCUCCGGAAAGGAAAUUCUUCAGCGCAAGGUCUCCGUUCAGCUUGCCCGUAAGCCUGAGCCAGCUGAGGCCAAGGCUGAGGGUGCUGUAAGUGGCGGUGAAGGUGCCAGCGGCAACGAAGGCCGCAAGAGGGCGGGAGGACGUACCCGUGGCCGUGGCCGUGGUCGCGGCCGUGUUGGUCGUGGAGCACGCGGAGGUCGCUCGGCCCAAGGUGCUGAGGGUACUGAAGAGCAGCCCGCUACUGCCUCUGGCGAGGCUGCCCCUCUGUCUGAGCUCACCAACCAAAACGAUGCCGCUGCCACCGAGGCUGGCAAGGCCGGCGGCAAGCCCCGUGCCCGUCCCCAGAAGCAGCGUGGACCCCCCGAGGACGGCAUUCCCUCCAAGACCAAGGUUAUGGUGGCUAACUUGCCGUAUGAUCUGAGCGAGGAGAAGCUGAAGGAAAUCUUUGCCGCCUACCAGCCCGUUUCCGCUAAGAUUGCUCUUCGCCCCAUCCCCCGCUUCAUGAUCAAGAAGCUCCAGGCCCGCAACGAGGCUCGCAAGGGCCGUGGCUUCGGUUUCGUCACCCUCAGUUCUGAGGAGCAGCAGGAAAAGGCUGUGCAGGAGAUGAACGGAAAGGAGAUUGAGGGCCGUGAGAUUGCUGUCAAGGUCGCCAUUGACAGCCCCGGCAAGGAAGACGACGCUCCCGCUGGUGAGACGGCUGAGGAGGGUGCCGAGGCUCCGGCUCAGGAGAACGCUGCUCCUGCUGCCGCUUAAAUGACAAGGUCGUUUCUGACCCAAACGAGCACGGUUUCUAUCCGAUGAUAGGUAUUCGAAAAUCACUUUAAGAUAUCGAAGUCGGAGGCCGUCGUGCGUAUGGGAUCUCCGUAGUAAGCGUUGCAAG